AUGAACGGUCCUCAGAAUUGGUCUCGGGAGUCUCUGCCCAACUACACCGACAACUUUCUCGUUAGCCCGGCUGACCCCAAUGGGAGCCUCAUUUAUAUCCAGUGCCAAGAGAAAUGCGAAUCGGGGGCCGUGUAUGUCAUCGACGACCAGACCCCGGACACCGUUGGCGCCUACCUCUACUUCAACGAGCGCUUGGUGUUCUCCCCCGACCCGGAGCACAUCACCCCUUUCAGCAGCGUGCUUCCAGACUCGUGGGAGAUGAGAACUACCCUGGCACAGAAGCUGCACCUGUGGGAUAUCUGUGGCCAAUUCGGAAACUACCUGCUCAGGCGCUACGUGGAGCAACACAUCGGCGACAUCCUCACCAACUGGCGCCACUACUACCGCCACCCUGUUGGCCACGACAGGCUGGAGAACCCGGAGUGGUGCGUCCUUGACAACUUUGGGGCGGCGUACCAGCUUUGCGUUGACAUGAGAUGGGACCUUCAAGCCAGCGCCAUUGUUCAGUCGUUCGUGCAAAACAUCAGGGAUGACGAGUGGGACGAUUGGGAGGAGAAUAUAGCAGAGGAGUCCCUUGCAUUCUUUUGGCGCGCUGAGAACGGGUUGGCAGAAAUCAGGGAGGCUCAUCGCAUUGCUGAGGCCAGGGACGCUCAAUACCUUGGUGAGGUCAGGUCUGCCGUGGACAUAUAUGUGGAAGGAGUUCUGGCGGGGGAAGCCCUUCGCAACGGUCGUUAG